CGCUCCUGUGUGCUCAGCGCACCAACCAUGUCCUCCUCCCUUGAAAGUGCACCCUCGAACAGGCCUUCGCUGUCGGACCACCCACACGACGCCAUCGCCCUCUUUGACCUGCAUCUCAGGUUCUUAUCCGAUUCGUAUCUCAGCUUCUUCUUGGAACGGAAGAAGAUAGAGGAGACAUACGUAGAAAGCCUGCACAGACUGCACCGCAAAGUCAAAGCAGCAGACGCGAUUCUCGACAAUCCUAACCGGAACGAGCCUAGCACUACCAGACGUGCAUGGGCAGAAAUCAGGGAUAAUGUUGCGAGAGAGGCAGACACUCGUCAAGCAUUCCUCGAGUCCCUCACCACCGAUGUCAUCACACCAUUGAUAUCAUUGAAAGAGACCCAAGAGCGUAUUCGGAAACGAAUCAAGGAGGACCUAAAAGAAGCUGUGACGACGCACGCUGACUAUGCAGAGAAUGUCCUUACAAGACUGAGGCGAAAUUACGUGAAGAAGUGUCAGGACGUGGACGAAUUCAAGGCUGCGAUCGCCCUGCCUUAUCCAUCACCUGCAUCCCCUCCUGAUCUGCCAGUCUCUCUUCCUACCUCCAGGCGCAACCCCAGUCCCUCGCCACGCUCCAAUGCGGCGUCUCCGCCACCUUUCCGUCCGAUACCUGACCGCCGUCCGUCCUUGGGCGGUGUCUCCACGCAUGGGCGCUCCCAGUCGACUGCUACCGCACUGCAAGAUUUGGCUCAUCAAGGAAAGCGGCAACUCAACCAGCUGAUGACGUUCCUGGAUAAGGGCGGCAAUAUGAAGGACCUUGCGGGACGUUCGGACAAUGCUCUACGCUCAGUACGUGCAAAACGAGAGGCGGAGGAAGCAGACAAGGAAUACCGGAGAGGAGUGCAUUGGCUGGAGACCCUGCGGUUGCGAAGGGUCAAAAUUUUGGAGUCUGGGUACAAUAGCUUGGAAUCGUUCAUCCGUGAAAGUGCAGAUACUGUCAAGUCGACGUUGAUGAAGUACACGGACAACAUGAUAGCAACGGCAGCGUCCCAAUCGCAGAUAUGUGAGCAUGGCCGAGAAGACAUCUUGAAGAUUUCCUCGCAGAGAGAUAUCACGAUCAUCGCCCCUAAUAUCGCCCGCCAGCUCUCCGCAUCUAUCCCUAAACCCGUCUAUUAUCACAAUCACCUUGUUGGAGAGUGCAGAGAUCUUAUUUUCGGCGUCAGUUUGGUCGAUUACGCCACCUCGCGAAAUCUGCCAGAGGGCGAGGUUCCCAAGAUUGUAAGAAUAUGCGUGAGCGAGAUAGAGAUGCGGGGACUGGAGGCAGAGGGUAUAUAUAGGGUCUCAGGCAGGCAUGCAGCCGUCCAAGAGCUGCAACACCAGAUCGAGCGGAGUGAGGCGGCGUUUCAGUUCAAUCCAGCUAUAGACGAUGUGUAUGCGGUGGCCUCGCUCUUGAAAUUGUAUCUGCGCGAGUUGCCGGAGCCCCUGUUCAAGUAUCCACUGAAUGAACGAAUACAGCAUAGCGAAGAACUUGACGGGCAUCGUAUGAAUGACUUCCAGCUACUUCGAAGCAAGUUACGAAGGCUACCUCCAGUUCACCAGGCAACGUUGAAGAUGAUUGUGGAGCACCUCUCGCUAGUUGCCUCGCGCGCGGAUAAGAACAAGAUGGAUGCCAAGAAUCUUGCCAUUGUCUUCAGCACUGUCAUCUUUGGUGAAGAUGAGAUGCCCAAAGGAGGCGAUCUGUUAAGUGUACAGUCUUGGAAGGACACUCUAGCAGAGGAUCUGAUACUGAAUGUCAACGUUUUGUUUCAGUCCAAUGGCUCUCCUGCGCUCCCUGCUGCACCACUUGGAGGACCGGUUCCUCCUGCGUCAUAUGGCUCAUCAUUUACAACCUUCGGGAACAUGCCACCUCCAUCGAUGCCCAGCAGCAAUCGCAGUCCCCGCUUAAUACGCUCGCCAUCAUUACCACCACGGCCGUCUCAUUCAUAUUAUGAUGCGCGCGAUAUGCUCCCAGAUGACUUCACGCCGCAGCUUCCGUCGCAAGCCUCACAUAACAUCCAUCCCUCGCGGACAGGACCGAUGUCGUCGCUACUCACACGACAGUCCCUCCCGCCUCCAGAGAGACCAAAGCUUGACGAGCACAGGAGUUAUAUCAUUCAGGCUCCAUUAACGCCAUCAGUUCGAUCGAUAAGUGGGGACAGCAGACGUUCGUCAAGAUCAAAGAUCGUUCCGAGGCAAAAAUCGCGCGAACCUUCUCCCGAUUCGACGCUCAUGUCAAGAAAAGAGCGCUGGAAAUCCCCCUCCGCAAUGCCACGCAUGCCAUCUCGGCCACUGACUCCAGGUGGCAUGUCAUCCCGAGCGGGCACACCCAGCACGGUGUAUUCUGGGAUGGGGACUGACGAGUUCGGCGUGAGAUCGGGUGCGCAGGUCGUCGAACCUCGAGACAGCUCGUUUGAAGAGGAGUUCCCACCGUCGGCGUCCACUACCAGCACAUUUGCCAGUCUGGACACAUCGAUGUCGAAAGGAUCCGAAGCCAUACGACCUCCUUCCAGAAACCGUCUGGUUCCCAACCGACGUCCACCUGAUAAUAUUAAUUCCGCGGAGUAUUUCUCGCCCCAGGCAUCGAGUAUUGGUGGACGCAGUCGUCGAUCGAUCUCGGAGUGACCUGUAUAUUGUAUUGAUGCCAACGCGUCACGACGUAAGGACCAUGACUGUUCUGUUGUGUCUAUUAUACCAUCGAUGUCUCGCCAUUGCACAGUUUGUGUUUUUCGUCAACGUAGCUCUUCUCAUACGACAAUCUCAUGAUUUAUCACUCGAUGCGAGAAAAAUGGAUAUGCAUGAUUGCGACGCG